AUGCCCUCGCGCUGGUGGGAGGAGCCCUUCGGUCACCGCUCCGACGCGCACCAGGAGAUUCUCAUGCUUGACGAGAACGAGCUGCACGAGCGCUUCCCGUGGACGGCUUCGCUCGUCUUCAACACCGAGAUGAAGAAGGGCGGCUUCAGCGAGAAGCACGUGCCUUCCGACUCGUACCUCGUCGGCUCCAAGAAGACGAAGGGCGUGCCGGUGGAGCAUCGCUGGGUGGUCGGGAACGAGCAGGGCGAAAUCCUUCCGGCCUUCCUGUUGUGCAAGCUCCAAGCGAUCGAGUCGGGCAAGGCCUUUGGCCCGCACGGCAUUCGCACCGACGAGGAGCAGCGCAGCCGCAUGUACGCAAUGCUCCGCAAGGGCCAGCACAUGGGUGUGCUCAAAGGGGGCUGCCGCGAGGCGCGCGAAGCGCGCCCCAAGAAGAAGAAGCAAAAGGCGGCUACGAACACUGCCGCGGCGGCGGCAGCGGUUCACGCGAGCGACGCUCCCGGCUGGUGUUCCCACCCCGAGCACGCGCACCUCGUCGGCGUGAUGAGCGACGCGCUGGACGGCAAGUACGGAGCCCCUCGCAGCGCAUUUGUGAUCGAGGAGCGCCUCGACCGUUUCCCCGGCCUCGGGCUCCCUGGCGGGGCGAGGCACGACUCGCUGCUCGAGGUGAGCGGCCACAAGCUGCUGGACCAGGAGCCUGCUCUGCGGUGGAAGGCCGCCGCCGCCAGCGACACGACCGCCGCCGGCUCGACGGACGACGAGGUGAUCCUCUGCGGGGACGACGGCGACGACGCGGAGCUGCCCGACGCGAUCUACAUGCAGGACGGGCGCGCGCUCGGCGCCAAGUACGAGCACGCGAAGCACGGCAUGCGGCUCGAGGCGUGGUGGGGCCACGUCGUGGAGCGGCAGGCCACGGACUGGGUCGAGUGCGUCCUCCUCCUCGGCGCGGACCAGCAGGUCUGCACGGCAAAGUGCCUGCCGGCGAUGAAGGCCGCAGGCAUCGUCGUCAUGCGGCGGGCCACGUAG